UCGGGCGCGGAGGAUGAAGUGGAGCGUCCGCGGGGCCUGCGCCGCGCUCUCCUCCUGCCUCCUGCUCGCCUGCGCGCUCAGCGCCGCCGCCGUCGGCCUCAAGUGCUUCUCGCUGGGCUCGGAGCUGCGCGGGGAGCCGUUCCGCCUGGGGGCGGCCGCCGGCGCCUUCUACUCGGGGCUGCUGCUGGCCGCCGGCCUCUCGCUGCUCGGCGCCGCCCUGCUCUGCUGCGGGCCCCGGGACGCGCCCCUCGCGGGGCCGGGGCCGGGCCCGGGGCUUGGGGUCCCCGCGGCCCCGGCGGGGGCUCCGGAGGCCGCGCCCGGAGAGCCGGGGGCCGCAGCCGGGCCCCCGGGGCCGGUGAACAGCCAGAACCUGCUCCUGCUCGGCGUCCUCGUCUUCAUGCUCGGGGUCCUCAGCGCCUUCGCGGGCGCCGUGAUCGACGGCGACACCGUGUCCCUGGUGGAACGCAAGUACUCCCACUACUGCCUGCCUGCCCGCGCGGCGGCGGCCGCCCCCGGCCCCGCGCCCCCCGGCCCCGCGGCCGCCGCCCCCGGCCCGGCCCCCGGCGCGCCGCGCGCCCGCAGCACCCUGGACAGCGCCACGCCCGCCAAGUGCCGGCAGCUGAAGGACUACCAGCGCGGCCUGGUGCUGUCCACCGUCUUCAACGCGCUCGAGUGCCUGCUCGGCCUGCUCAGCCUCCUGCUGGUCAAGAACUACCGCUCGUCGCAGGCGCGGCGCGGCCGGCGCGGCCGGCGGAGGGGCGGCCGGGCCCCGGCGCGGCCCCGCGGCGGCCCCGGGCUCCGCGCGCAGCCGCCAGCCUCCCGCGCGCGGCGGGGCCGGCGGGGCCGGCGGGGCCGGCGGCUGCAGCCGCGGCCGAGCGAGGCCUCCAUCCUGUGCCCGGAGGAGUCGGACCUCGCCGCCCCGGGGGACUGCGCUGGCCUCGCUGCGCACCACGCCGUCUCCUACAUCAACGUGGGCGUCUUCCCGGCGUUCGACGAGGCGGGUGUGGAGGUGCGCUGCGGGGGGCACCCGUCGGUGGAGCUGCCGGGGUACGCGCCCUCGGACCCCGACCUCAACGCCUCCUACCCCUACUGCUGCCGGCAGCCCUGCGAGGCCGGACGUCCCUGGGAGCCGAGCCGGGCCUGCUGAGCCCCAGGGCGCGCCCCCACCCCGGACGGACCGCGCCGCAGCCCGCGCGGCCCCCCCCUCCCCCUCCCCCGCUGACCGCCGCCGCGAGGGCGACCCGGCCUGCCGGGCGCGGCGCCUCGGGGCGGGGGGCGGGGGGGGGGGGCGGACUGGCCUCGCGUCGCUGCGGGCUCCUCGCCGAGACUGGCCCUCCAGUAUUACCAUUUCUGUGUUGGGAGGUUUCUCUUCUUUUCUGUGUCUGUUCGUAUCCGGAUUCCAUUUUAAAGUUUACAAUAAAUGUUUUGGGGUUGCCUCGCCCCCAUCGCACUUCUCUUUGGCAAGUCCGGUCCUGGGUGAGAGCUCAGAAAGAGGGGGAUUCCGCGGGAGGAAGAGCCCUCGCGGAGAGGACGGAAAGUGCAGAACGGCAGACGCGAAAACGCACCCAACGGCAACACUUUGUACACGGAUGUGCCUGCUUUUGUUGAUACUUUCUUACUGUAAAGCUCUCCAUAAACAGUGAAAAUGUUUGGUAAAUUUAUUGCAAUUUAAAAUGGGUUAGUUCCUUUAUUAAAUUAAUUGCUAUGUUA